GAUUUUUAAUUUUUCCCCAACCCCAAUCCCAAUCCCCGAUUUAUUUUAGUCUCUCUCCUCCUCUUUUUGGCCGAUCAUCUGAUUGAUCUUCUUCUUCUUUUAUCUGUCAAUAUAAUAUAAUAAUUUGAGAGUUUAGUGAAAAAGAAAACAAAGAGAAACCCUAGAUCCGUUUGAAGCGUAGUAUGGAGUUUUCUGGUGAUGAUGAUGAUGAUGUCCGUGGGUAUUUCCCCGUUUGAGGCAGGAAGGUCGAUUACGUUUGGGAUGGAUGGGAUGCUGCUCUAAUUGUGUCUAAACGAGAGAAGGCUCACCAAGUAGUUAAUCGAGAUAUUUAUGGUACAAACGUUCCAGAAAAAGAAGAUAUAGCAAGGGUGAUGUCACUUGAAGAAUGUGAGAUCCUUCUUGGAAAACGAAAGGACAGUGAAAUAUCAAAGACUGAAUGGAGAGACAGCAUAACUAGACAGGUCUAUUUGUUGUUGCAACCUUAUCGGAAAAAGGAAGAAGAUAGCCAUUUGAUGACUUGGUUGAGUUUUAGGAAGGGCAGGCCUAAGGAUUAUUACUGUGACAGAGAAAGGGAAGCCUAUGAGGCAUUUCAGUCCUCAGCAAUGGAAGGAGGAGAUUCCAAUUGGCUGUUCAUGAUUGCAAAGGCUGUUGCAGCAUUAACCUUACAGGCGAUGUCUUAUGUUGGUUUCUGUACUUUGGAAAAACUACUCCCAGAGAGUGCUUACAAUAUCGUUCGCGAAAGUUAUUUUAAUGUUGUCAUUAGAUUUGUGUUGAGCGUUUUUGAUAUGGAAGAUUUUGAGAGAAUAUAUGAACUGAGUAUCGUCAAGGAUGAGUGUUCAACAUACUAUUCAAACCUAUGCCAUGCUCACUGCGAUCCUUGUGUAGCUGUUGCUGAGGGAAAGGUGAAAGUUGAAAAAUUUUCCACACUAAGGGAACAUGAUAUUUGUGACAUAAUACAGCAAUGUCAAGGUUGUGCUGAAAACAAAGGCUUUGAGGUUUAUCCGUGGGCCUUUCCUUUUGUCCCUGAUAAGUGGGAUGAUAUUAGCCAGUCUGACAUAAUAAGUGCAAUGAGGGAGGUGUUGAAGUAUGUGCCUUUAAAGGAAGACUGUAAAAUGCAGCUUACCUUGGAGUUGUCUCGUCCAAAAUGUUAUCAUAUUCUUGAUAAUUUGACUUUAGAGGCUGUGAAGGACGUCAAGAUUCAAGAGUUACAUAGAUUUGUUGAUGACGUAUCAUCUGAUGAGUCAAUAGCUGAGGAUACAAAAACCAUGCUCUAUGAUUUUGCUAAUGGCAUAAUCGACGGGCUCUAUGUCUUGUCUGAUUUCAAAGGAGAUGCGGAAGCUAUCAUAUUUCCUAUAUCACGUGGGAGCUUCGGACCUUGUACAGACGAGCUUCGUGGAGUGAUUAACAUUGCUGAAAAUGAGAGAAGAAUGCAAUGUCAAUGUUUCAUUAACAUACAACACAUUUUGUUUGGCCUCUCUUUUUCAAGAGUUGGUGACAAUGUGAGGAUGCUCAAUGACAGGCCAAGAUGUUCGGGUGGAUUACAUUCAAAACUGUCUAUGUUUAGCAUUUACAAGUUAUCGCGCAUAGCAGCCGACAGACUUGGUGAUAAGGAGGUUGGACUUGAGCACUUGGUUCUGGCAAUUUUCUUUGGAAAGCAAGAGGACGAUCCUAUUAAGAGGGUGGAACUGGAGUACGGCAGUUCUCUGUUCUUCGACGAUAAUGCAUUUGAUCCUGAGCUUGUGGACUGUUUGAAAAGUAGUUGCACUGAGUGUGAUGCAAAAAGCUUGGAGUACUCUGAUGUUUUCAAAGAAUUCUUACCAGAAAAUUGUUCUGAUGGGGCACUAGUGAAAUGUUGUGGCCUUGUGGUCAUGGAAAAAUUGCACGAGGCUCUCAAGUGUGGUGGCUUGAGGUUGAGUCCAAUUCGUGAGGAGAGUUAAUAUCACCUUUCCUUGUGUGGGCAGGUUUAAGACAUUAUAUGCAAGUUUCUCACUUUUAUUAUUGUAAGAUACGUAAUUUUGAAUGCUCUUGAGAACAUGGAUGGAUGGUUAGGCUUAAUAUUCCAAGACAUUAUAGGCAAGUCUCUCACCUUUAUUAUUGUUAGAUGCAUCAUUUUGAAUACAAUAAUACUAUAAAUUCAUAUUCAACUAUUUUGAAAUUAUCUAUAA